UUUACUGGUUCAGGAACCAUCGGAGUUUGCAACGGGCGAGUGGGCGGAAACCUACCGCCGGAAAAAGACGUGGUCGAGUUCUACAAAACAAACGGAAUCAAAAGAAUGAGAAUCUACGACCCAAAUCAAGCCACACUCACCGCCCUCCAAAACUCCGGCAUAGAACUCAUGCUCGGAGUUCCCAACGUUGACCUCCAAUCCCUCCAAACCGACGCAACCACCUGGGUCAACGCAAACGUCCGGGCCCACUUUCCGUCGACCAAAAUCCGGUACAUCGCCGUCGGAAACGAAGUCGACCCCGAAAACCCGGAAACCCAAAUCUACGCGCCGCUAGUCCUCCCCGCCAUGCAGAGCAUCUACAGAGCGCUCACGCUGUUCAACCUCCAGGACCAAAUCAAGGUCUCGACGGCGACGUUUUCCGCCGUCUUAACGGACACGUACCCGCCGUCAAAAGCCACCUUCAAGAGCAACUCAUUCAUGGAACCCAUCGUUAAAUUCCUCGCGCAGACAAGAUCACCGCUCCUCGCAAACAUAUACCCUUACUUCGGCUACAUCGGAGACGCCGAAAAUAUCCAGCUGCCGUACGCUCUGUUCACCGCCGCCGGAGUAGUUGUCCAGGACGGCGGGUAUGGGUACCGGAAUCUUUUCGAUGCGAUGGUUGACGCCAUGUAUUCCGCGACGGAGAAGGCCGGUGGCGGGAGCGUUGAGAUUGUUGUUUCCGAGAGUGGGUGGCCGUCCGACGGCGGAGUGGCGGCGACGGUGGAGAAUGCGGGUGUUUAUUACAGGAAUUUGAUCGGACAUGUGAACAAAGGGACGCCGAAGAAACCGGGGAAGGCGAUCGAGACGUACUUGUUCGCCAUGUUUGAUGAAAACCAGAAGCCCGGAGCUGAAAGCGAACAGCAUUUUGGUCUGUUCAAUCCUGAUAAUAUGCAGCUCAAGUAUCAACCUCUCAGCUUCAACAAUUAAAUUAAUUAAUUAAUUAAUCAUGAUUAAUUAGUGUCAAGUGUUGGUUAAGGCCAUAUUAUAAUUAAGGUCGAUUUUUUGGAAUUAAAAAUAUGAAUUUAAUUAUAAUUAGACUAUCCUAUUAUGAGAAUACUAGCCAGUUUUUUUAGGGCGAAUUCCAAUUUUCCGUUUCUACUUUGGCUCUAUAUCACUUAGUUUUAUAUUUUCGAUUGCAUCGAUUUGUCAAUCUGCACUUGAAAGAUUACCUGAAUGUGACCAUUGUUAUUAGUUGUCAAACAUUUGAAUUUACAACGUGGUCUAAACUAUGAAAUUACAAAAAUGUCAUCCCUUCCAUUUGAAAUA